AUGAGAGCGAUUGUCUACGCCGACACGGUGCAAUUCACCGACGACUACCCCGAGCCGCAAAUCACCCGCGACGACGACGUCAAGCUUAAGAUCCUCUACUGCGGUGUCUGUGGCACCGAUCUUAAGGAAUUAACCGACGGCCCGAUCUUUUUCCCCAAGGAUAACGACGCCGUAAACCCGAUUUCCCACUUGCACGCGCGGGUGAUGGGCCACGAGAUUCUGGCCCAGGUGGUCGAGGUGGGGGCGGCGGUGACCACGGUGAGACCGGGGGACUACGUGGUGGUGGAGGUGACGGGCACGUGUGGCGACAAGCCCCGCUUUGACCACGAUAUCACCAUCGACGGGUACAAUCUCCCGGUGGACGCCUGCGUGGGGUGCAGACAGGGUUGCUACAAUGCAUGCACCCAGUUGGGGCUUACCGGGUUGGGGUUUUCUGAUGGCGGCUUGAGCGAGUACAUGGUGACUGCAGAACGCAAGUUGAUCAAGUACGACGAAUCGAAGAUCCCCGCCGACGUCGCCGCGUUGGUGCAGCCACUCGCGGUGCUGUGGCACGCCGUCGAGGUGUCGAAGUACGUGGCGGGAACGCUGGUGCUUAUCUUGGGCGGCGGUCCUAUCGGUUUAGCCACUAUCUUUGCCCUUAAGGGGCAUGGUGUGGGGAGCAUUGUGGUGUCGGAGCCGGCGUCGCGUCGACGCCAGUUCGCCCAGAAGUUAGGCGCCGAAGUGUACAACCCUUUGGGGUCUAAUGUCGAACAGAACAUCAAGGACUUGAUGGCGCUUUCGCCGGGUAAAAACGGGUACCACUAUGUCUACGACUGUUCGGGACUUCCCGAGACAUUUGAAACGUCGAUUGCCUGUUUGCGAGUGCGUGGGGUAGCCACCAACGUCGCCAUCUGGGCCGAUAAACUGGUGCCGUUUUUCCCCAUGAGCAUUACUCACAACGAGCGGAUGGUGACGGGGUCGAUGUGUUUCACCAAGGACGAUUUCCAAGGGGUGGUAGACGCCAUCGAGCAAGGACGCAUCGACGUCGAGGAGCUUAAGCACCUUAUCACGCAAAAGAGCCGCUUGGAAGAUUGCCAGAAGACGUUCGAGAGCAUGUUGUACAACCGGCGCCACAACAUCAAAACGUUGUUCCAUCCCUAA